AUGGCCGAGGACGAAGCACUCAACCAGUUAGAAGAAAAUUUGCACGCCCGCAACGUGGAAGUGGCAAAAGUUUCGAUAAAGAUUCCACCAUUCUGGCACGCAAAGCCAGAACUGUGGAUCGCACAAGUGGAGUCGCAAUUUAUUGCCGGAGGAAUGACGAGCGACAAAACCAAGUAUCACACCGUCGUGGCCGCAAUAGAAAGCAACGUGCUGGCUCAAAUAAGUGAUAUAAUUUUAAACCCCCCAAACAGUGACUUAUAUCUCACGCUGAAAAAUCGCUUAAUCACGCAAUUCGCUGACUCGGAGCAAAAACGUGUUAAAAAACUACUGCAAGAGCAAGAGCUUGGUGAUAUGCGGCCAUCACAGCUCUUGCGCGAAAUGCGUAGUUUAGCCGGCAGCGAAAUAAAUGACAACAUUCUAAAGUCCAUCUGGAUGAGUCGACUACCAUCCAAUAUGCGUCUAAUAAUUUCCAUCAGCAAUGAACCUCUGGACAAACUAGCCCUACUCGCAGACAAAAUAAGUGAGGUUAGCGACACACCACAGGUACACGCGGUCGAAGCCCAACACAUAACCACGCAAGCGCAAUCCAGCAUCGAGAAACAAUUAGCUGAAAUUGUAAAAGAGAUAGCUUCGAUUAAAGCAAAUAUUAAUCAUCGAUCCAGAAGUCGAAGCAGGAACCGUCCUCCAUCUCGUUCCGGCAAGCAAAAUGAGAGCUCAAAUGGUCUGUGCUGGUACCACCUGAAAUUCGGCAACGAAGCCAAAAAAUGUCGCAGCCCCUGCGCAAAAAAGUUAAACUAA